UGCGCUUGAAUGGUGUUGUAACACUGAAUCAUCUCUAUACACACACACUACUUUCACAAAAUCAAAACCUAGUAAUCUUUAGUGGACUGCAUCCACGAUGAACUCGUUCAAAACAUGGCUUACACGGGGUUCACAGUUUAUCUGCUCGCACUGUAAAGAAUCACGGAAAGUGAAUUAUGCCUAUCCAUGUAUGCUGCAACAAAAGCGGAGACAUUCAGGUGAACCAGUUAAGAAAUCCUCCGUGUUGAAGCAGAUGCUGCUGUCAAAUCAGUUGGAGUUUCUAAUGGAGGCCCACAGUGGACUGAGUGCAAAGAUUGCUGAAGAUUCAGGAUUUAAAGCCAUCUGGGGUAGUGGCCUGUCAAUGUCGGCACAGCUGGGUGUGCGAGAUUGCAACGAGGCGUCAUGGACUCAGGUGUUGGAGGUUCUCGAGUUCAUGAAUGAUGCCUGUGAUAUUCCAAUCCUCAUGGAUGCCGACACUGGUUUUGGUAACUUCAACAAUGCCAGGAGACUGGUGAAGAAACUCGAGCAGAUUGGUAUAGCAGGUGCAUGCCUAGAAGACAAACUGUUUCCUAAAACUAAUUCCCUCCAUGACGGAAGAUCUCAACCACUUGCCGAUAUUAAAGAAUUCUCGCUGAAAAUUCAGGCCUGCAAAGACACUCUGAAGGAUCCUGAUUUUCUAGUAGUGGCGAGAGUGGAGGCCUUCAUAGCAGGCUGGGGACUUGAAGAGGCCAUGAAGAGAGCUGAGGCCUACCUUGAAGCAGGAGCUGAUGCCAUUCUUAUGCACAGCAAAAAAAGUGAUGCAUCUGAAAUUGAAGGAUUUGUGAAAGAAUGGAAAAAUCGGGGUCCAGUAAUUCUAGUGCCAACAACAUACUACAAGACACCAACUGAACGUUUCCGUGAAAUGAAUAUCUCCAUGGUGAUCUGGGCGAACCAUUCCAUCCGGGCGUCGGUGCUGGCCAUGAAGGCACUCACCAGGAGACUGUACAAGGAUCAGAAUAUACAAGGAGUUGAGGAUGACAAUCAGAUUGUUCCCGUUAAGGAAUUAUUCCGACUUCUGAAAGAAGCAGAGCUGAUUGAAGCUGAAAAUAAAUAUUUGCCUUGAUGACAGUGACCUUUGGGCUAUUUAUAACUGUUGAUUUUUAUAUUCAAUACAAACUUUGUAAGCAACAUAAUAUUUAUACAUAUGAAUGAAGUCUUACUAUUUUUAUUACUGGUAAUGUUGCAUGUGUUCAGAUUUAUUUGAAGUUUGUGAUGCUACAUUCACGCUUUUUAGCAUAAUAAUUAAUUUUUAAAACAUGUUUUUAAUUAAAUAAGUGCUUUCAAAUUAAACUUAUAGUAGAAUGACAUUGGCAACUUGCAUUAUGUGCUUGAGUGUUUUUUAAAAGAACAUUUGGUUGUUUGGCUAAAAAGAAAAAAGAAGACCAAUUGUAAUUUAUAAAUAAUUAUAGAUAAUGCCUUAGAAAGACUGUAGCAGAGUUUCAAACUCCUUGCUAAAAAGAACAUGGUCUUUGAAGAAUACCAACUUUUAUUUGCUGAACAGUAUAUAUUGAUGCUGACCUUGUUAAAAUGUUUGCUCAACUUUGGAUAGUUUUAUUACAAAUACUAUAUGAUGUUUUUACAUGUUAUGCUUACUUUGUGUCAGUCAUGAUUAUUAGACUCCCCUAUAUGUGAUCAUGUGGGAUAGAAGUCCCAGAGUCGAAAUUUCCACCACCGAGGGUGUUCUUUUGCUAUCCCAUGUGACUGCAUAUGAUGUAGUCUUUUUCUCCCAUCUAUUCGGUAAAUAAACUAUUAUUUUACAUGAACAAAUAAAGACGACUGAAAGAUAGCUGUUAUAAUGCAGGUUUUAACAACAAAAUAUCUAAAACCAUUGUCUGAUGACCUCCGAUCACCAACUCACAAACAUAUUUCAUCAUAUAUUACCAACAACGUCAUACUUCCCUUGUUAAACACAGUCACGUAAUAGUCCAUGAAAGAUAGAAAUAUCUUUGUCUUUCAUUGGAUAACUUUGUUUUGUAUACUGAAGGAUGAGACAAAAAAUGUUUAUUGCCAUACUAUGAAACCUGUUACAUCUAGCUAUACAAAUGUCAUAUAUCUUGAAUACAUGUGAUACAUCCAUAUUGAGUGUAUUACAUCUAGGUAUACAAAUGUCAUAUCUUGAAUACAUGUGAUACAUACAUAUUGAGUGUAUUACAUCUAGGUGUACUAAUGUCGUGUAUCUUGAAUACAUGUGAUACAUCCAUAUUGAGUGUAUUACAUCUAGGUAUACAAAUGUCAUAUAUCUUGAAUACAUGUGAUACAUCCAUAUUGAGUGUAUUACAUCUAGGUGUACUAAUGUCGUGUAUCUUGAAUACAUGUGAUACAUCCAUAUUGAGUGUAUUACAUCUAGGUAUACAAAUGUCAUAUAUCUUGAAUACAUGUGAUACAUCCAUAUUGAGUGUAUUACAUCUAGGUAUACAAAUGUCAUGUAUCUUGAAUACAUGUGAUACAUCCAUAUUGAGUGUAUUACAUCUAGGUGUACUAAUGUCGUGUAUCUUGAAUACAUGUGAUACAUCCAUAUUGAGUGUAUUACAUCUAGGUGUACUAAUGUCGUGUAUCUCCAUAUUGAGUGUAUUACAUAUUGUGUAUACAGGCCCUAAUCUUUCUGGCAUAAUUAGCGUUUUCUUCCCUGAAAGUCGACUCAAGUUGCCGAGUUAUUAGCAGUAGUGAGAAGUCAAAGUCGCCAUAAUAUUUUGGAUCAAAAAAACGAAAUCACACAACAGAUGUCAAGACCCAGACUUAUUUAGCAUCAUAGCUCACUUGUCACUUGGUUAGUCCCUGCUUUUUACUUUGGUACAAGACUGUACAUUAACACAUGUUGCACCGUUUGCUGUGACCAUUCGAGCGUUGUUAAUCCUCGGCCACAUUUAUUUCCGUAAUGCCAGAACAUACUAAUUGUUACUUUCAUUUUAACAUAACAGCACAUUAUCAACUACUUAAUACUAUGUUUUUAAUGAAACAUACAAUUGUUUUGUUUGAAUUGUAUGACCAGCAGUAGUAUUUUAUAUCGAAAAUAUGAUUAGAACCAAGUGUAUAAUUUGACAUUUUUCCGAAUGAAUGCAAAACAUCACAAAAAGUUAUCAAAUGUACUGAUAAAUAUUCACUUCGCCUAUUUUUAUCAAACUUCUCCCCUUUUUUCUGGGAAGGGAGAAGUCACUUCUCCUAAUUUUUUAAUUCUAAAUUUAAUUCUAAAUUAGGGCCUGGGUAUAUAUCGGAUACUGAAUAUAUUACACCCUGGAUAUGUACUGAGUGUAUUACAUCUUCAAUAUAUCAGUUUAGUAUAUGUUAAGUGUAUUACAUCAUGGAUAUAUAUAUAUUGUUUCAUUUAUUAUGCAACUACAUGUUUUUGCUGUUUCCUGUCCCAGAAAGAAAUACCUGUUUGUUAUAGAUCUAGUUAUGUAGAUGUAUUUAAUACUUUAUUCACCUGGUGCAUUCUUUGUACCACUUGCAUUCAGACAGGAACACAGGUCUCUGAGAAUUAAAAAUUAGCGUAUGUCAUUUAUGAGUUACCGGUGUGGUACAUAAAAUACUUAUUUUAGUUUUCAUACCCAUUAUGACCUAAUAAAUGAUUUCUUAAAUUUAGCUAAAGGCGAACAAAAAAUAAGUUAUAAUAGGGUUUCUUAUGUAGGAAAGAGUUUUUUGUAUGUGAAAAUUGAUCUGAAAACGGCUUUAUUAAUCUUAGAUGACUUAAUUGCAUCUCUGGUGCUUGUUUCUGUAAUAUUUAGCUGUAUAUUAAAGGUCAUGGUAUGUGCUAUCCUGUCUGUGGGAUGGUUCAUAUAAAUGAUCCCUAACUAAUAAUGAGUUUCCUCUCUAAGACCAUACAUUAAAAUUACCAAAUGUUUUACACCCAACAGACAAUGAUUAAUAAAUCAAUGUGCUCUAGUGGUGUUGUUAAACAAAACAAAUUUUAACUUUAACUAUAAUAGUUGUCAUAUAAUAAUAGGUAUCAACUAUAAACAUUUUUAUAUAGCAUGUAAAUUGAUGAAAUUUUAUUUUUAAAAAUUGGAUACAUGUAUUUCAAGAUGGCCCCCUAAAAUGAUGAUUACAAAAAUUAAGAGGUGUGGGACGUAGCCCAGUGGUAAACCGCUCACUUGAUGCAUGGUCAGUCUGGACUAUUUCUCGUUCCAGCCAUUGCACCACGACUGGUAUAUCAAAAGCUGUGGUAUG